GGCGAAAACGCGCCAGCUGAUUGGUGAAGUGUUGCUCAGAGUGGAGAAGCGCGCCAGUUGUUUCUGUCAGCGGUGAGACGAGGAGCUUCUCUGGACGGUUUUUGUGACUGGAAACAAAAAGAAACGUUUUAUCCAGAUAUUAGCUACAGCCUGGUCUGGUGAAAAUGCCCACCACUCGCUCUCAGAGACAGCCAACUCUCCAGUUCCCCAAGCGCAAGUCCUCCAGAGUCUCUUCCCAAGCCAAAAGUUCUUCAUCUCAGCCCGACUCGGAGCAUGUUCUGGACGCUCGAACCAUCCCCCUGUCUCCCAGAAAGACAAACUUGGGUGUCAGAAACGUCCCACUUUCUCCCAUGAAGGCAGUUGUGGACGUCCGAAACGUCCCUCUUUCUCCCAGAAAGACAAAUGUUGCAGACAUCAGGGCCAUUCCUCUGUCCCCCCGACACCACAUGCUCCAAAGUGUCCCUUCUUCUGAGAGACUUCCUCUGAGCCCCAGAAAGCGCACAGGCGACGAGAACGGAUGCAACCUGCCGCCGUCUCUUCAGGGCUCUCCUCCCAAACAGAGCCGUCCCUCACUAGGCUCCCCUCGCAAGCUGUCCUUUAAUGAGAACAUUCCCGUCUUCGCGUCGCCUCCUCGGCCUACCUCAGCAGACUUUAAAAUCCCUAUUUCAUCCUCGACUUGCCCUUCUCCCAAAUGCUUGAAAGAGCCCACUAGAGCUGAAUCUGAUGCACUGGAGAAGGUGUCCGCUCCUGUUGGAAAAAAAUCACAGUACCAGUGCGUGAAACAGGCUCUUCACACAGCUGUGCCUGAGCGACUGCUCUCAAGAGAGACAGAGCGAGGCGUUAUCGUUUCCUUCCUGGAGAAACACGUGGUGCCCGGCAAGCCGUCCAGCCUGUACAUCUCUGGAGCUCCUGGAACAGGGAAGACGGCCUGCUUGAACUGCGUGCUUCAAGAACGCAAGGCUUUCCUAAAAGGAGUACAGACAGUGGUGAUUAACUGCAUGACACUGCGUAGCUCCCAUUCAAUCUUCCCUGUUCUAGCGGAAAAACUGGGAACGUCCAGAGGCCACAGCGAUGGCAAGCUUGAGAAACUGCUGACCAGUUCAGGCCCCACUGUUCUGUUGGUACUGGAUGAGAUGGAUCAGCUGGACAGCAAGGCCCAAGAUGUUCUCUAUACCAUCUUUGAAUGGCCUUAUCUUCCUAACUCUCGGCUGUGUCUCAUUGGUAUCGCAAACGCUCUCGACCUGACGGACCGUAUUUUGCCCAGACUGCAGGCUAAGCCUCACUGCAGACCACAGCUUCUUCACUUCCCACCCUACAGCCGCCAGGAGCUGGCAGCCAUCGUCCAGGACCGGCUCACACAGGUGUCAGAAGAAGGUGUUCUUGAUGCUGCUGCUGUUCAGUUUUGUGCCAGAAAGGUGUCUGCAGUGUCAGGAGAUGCCCGAAAAGCUCUAGACAUCUGCAGGAGAGCUGUAGAGAUGGUUGAGUCUAACAACAGAUCCAAAAUGUCUUCUGAAUCGACAAACACCACUACAAAUGCUAAUACUAAAGCGGCACGUGUGAGUGUUCCUCAGGUGGCGCGGGUGCUGUCGGAGGUGUAUGGAGACCGCAUGGCCUCUAGUGGGGGGGAGGAAGGAGAAAGUUUCCCUCUGCAGCAGAAAUUGCUGGUCUGCUGCCUGCUCCUUCUUACGCGCAAUGGCAAGAGUCGAGAGAUCCAGCUGGGCAAGCUGUGUGAGACCUACAGUAAACUGUGCCAGCAGAGGCAGGUCAGUGGCGUGGGCCAAGGCGAGUGUCUGUCACUAUGCAGUUUACUAGAAAGCAGAGGCAUCUUCUCUCUCAAGAAGGCCAAAGAAGCACGACUCACCAAGAUCUCUCUGAAGAUUGAGGAGAAGGAUGUGGAGAAUGCGCUGAAGGAUCGUGCAUUACUGGGCAGCAUCUUGGCUGCAGGUCUGCCGUGAUCUCCAUCAGUACAGCCUCCUGCAUCCACCUUGAGACCUUCACUUUCCACAAUGAUAUUUAUUUUUGUAAUGUGUUUAUUUUGCAACUUUUCAAGCGGUGAACGUCUUGUCUUCAGCAGGACAGCUUCAUGACAGGCUUUUUUUUUUGGGGGGGGGGGGGGGGGGUAUUAU